GCGACAUUCCCUCCUGCUCAUCCGAGCAACCCACCCACCCCCUCGGGCAGCCCUCCCUUUUAGAGUCGAGCCGACCAUCCUAUCCUUCUCCCCCUCACUCUAAUUCGGCUCUCUACCAUCGCACCACCUAAUUCGGAGGCAUCCCGCGUAUUGCAUUCCAUCCCGUCUAAUACACCUCGAACCAUGUCGCCCGCUGCAUCCACCCCCGCGUCGUACUCUUCGCCCGCGCCGAAGCCAAAGCCGUCCUCGCAGAACGUCAUCCGUUCGAGCGCCGGUGUCGUCGCACCCGUGUUCUUCUAGAAUGCGCCCCGCCAUAGGUGGCGAUGCACGCCGUCGUACCACACCAUCUCAGGCCCGAGAUCCUGCGCCCUGUCGCUGGGGUCCGCGACUCCGAGCCAACUGUCACCCACCUUUCUAUCCCUAUCCUACCCACGCGCCGCGGCACCGCUGCGGUAAUAUCGGUCCUCGCGGAGCCCACCAAUCCUACCCGCCUCCCGAGACAUCGCUCGCCGUAGGCUGACGGGCGCGGGUGGUACCCAUUCCCAUUCAGGAGACCAAAGGGGCCGCUGACGCGGGACGCACACCUGGCUCGAAUCAUCCCCUACCAUAUUCAUCUUAUAGUCGAACACCGCUAUCAGCGUAUUUAUGACGCUCCAGAGGAGUCUUUCCCUUCGGCUUAGUACUGUACUUACAGCAGUGUACCGACCGCAGUCGUUAUUGUAGCACCUGUAUUGCCCGCAUCGUACAUAGUGUAGUCGCACAUGUAUUCACAUAAUCAUCCACGUUAAUCUUGAACGAGCA